GUGAAAUUGAAGACGCAGCGGGAUUAGAGGUGCUUAAUUCUUAUCAUAUUGUGCUAUGAAUCAAUGGAACUAUGGAUGGGAAGACCCGUGGGGAUAUGAGCAAGAAAGUUUAUAUGGUGGAGGUUAUCAAGCUUAUGAGCCUAGGAAGGAAUUCGUUGAAGCACUACUAGCUCAAUUGCAAGCCUCUCAAUCUCUAUUGCAAGCCUCCCAAGCUCGAUUGCAAGCUUCUCAAGAGAUGCUUAUACAUUCCAACGAGCAACUUAAGGCUAGUCUUUCACAAGAGCCACCCUUCACCAUUUAUGAGCAUGAAUCUUUCUUUGACCAAAUGGAACCUAAUUCAAGAGAAGAAGUAUAUUAUGAGCAUUAUGAACAAGAGUUGCCUAUUCAAGAUCGAGAUGGUGAUGUUCAUGAACAAGAAAGUGAGCUUGGUUAUGAAAGUUUCAAUGCAAGUGGGGUGCGAGACUACACUUCGGAGGAAUGGGUGCAAUAUUGGAAAUCUAAGCUUCCUAAUGGAGGGGAGAUAUUUGAAGAUGAUUCCGAAGAAGAAGAAGUAUUUUCUAGUGAGGAGGAUGCAGAAUUUAAAGUUAUACACUAUAAUCCCUUGUUCAUCGAGGAAGAUGCGGAGCUUCAAGCCAUAUAUCAUAAUCCCUUAUUCAUUGAGGUUGAUAUUCCCAUGGAGGAAGAGAGUCCUUCAAUACUUUGUGAUGAUGAAGAAAUUGAAGAGUUAAGGACUUUCUCUCCUCCUACAUCCGAGAAGAUCCACCAUGAGCUUCCCAAGGUGGAGAGUAGGACAUUGAGCACUUACAUUCUUAAUGAGAGGAUUGGGAUCAAGGUACUUUUACCUCCCAAUCCAUCAUUAAGUGGUCAAUGUUUCUACAAUGAGGUGAUGGAUUGGAAAGGAAAACUUACACUUAACCUUUCCCAUCACUCACAAGAGCUUCUACCACCUAUUGUUCCUAUGAGUAUCAUUUCUAAUCCACUUGAGAAGGAGAAGGCAAGGAUAUUGGAUCCUAGAAGAAAAAUUGAGAAGAAGAGGAAAAUUAAGAAGCUACACUUUUGGCCACUAAUUGGAGUAUUCUUUUGUAGCACUUGGUCUUGCUUCUAUGAUAUAUCAAGGAGUCCCUUAGCCCCAAACAAUAGGGUGCUCGUGCUUGAGAAGUAUCCACCUUGACAAGAUCAUGUUCUAUUUGGACCGGCAAUGAAGUCCUUAAACAAAGCGCUCGCUAGGGAGGCAACUCUAGCACAUCAUCGGUAGUAUUUAUUUCUUUCUUAGUUUAUUUUUGUUGUGAAUAAAGCUUUUGAGCAUUUUUGGGAGGAUGGGAGGUGUCCGGAGUUGGAAAUGUGAAGGUGAAUUAAUUUGGUAGUGAGUAGUUUCUGUCCUGAAAUUCAGUUGAAUUUGGGUAACUAUAGAUUCCAUUCUACAUGCUAUUUUGAGCUGACAUUUUUUGGAAAUAUUUUUCUAUAUGUCUACUGUCUUGUGCCAAAAUUUGAACCACUUUCAGUCACUGGAGCUCUAGUUAUUUAAUGGUCAAUGCAUAGAGUUCAGAACAGAGACAGCUACUGUAGAGUGACUUUGAGAAGCUAUACCCUCUACAUAUCAAGCUAUUUGGAGCUAAAAUUUUUCAGAGAUGUAUCUUCACAUGUCCUCUAUACAUAGAAGAAACAGUUUUUGAUUUUAACCUUCCUAGCUUCAGAUAUUGUGUUCCAAGUGACAGAGGUCAGAAACAGGGCAUAGCAGAAACUGCAGAACAGAUCAGUUAGUUUGGAGGCCAACGAUUUUUGACUCAUAAUUUAUUUUCAAGUGAAAUUUUAACGAA